UUAUCACACAGCCGUCCGCCCGCGUUAUCGUACCGAGUGACACACGUGUUUCCUUUCUCUCGUCGUUUGUGUCCGUAAUUUUUUCCGUACGCGGCUUCGUCGCGUGCGUCGAACCUCUGGGCCUCACGUACUUGUUCGGUGACCGGCAACAACGUUAGGUUAGGCUGAACACAAGGCGAUUCCGUUCUUCCCAGGGAGCGACUUGGGGCUUACUCAACCGUCGUUGUCAAACUUACAAUCGAAAUGACCGGAUCCAUAAAGGACGUGUCCAAGAUGAACGUGCACGUUCCCAAACGCAAGCGCCCGUCCGACGUUGAGUCGCCUAGUCGGUCUAAACCGAAGAAAUUCAAAUCCAAUAUGUCCGAUGUGUCUUCCAACUUGUCGCCGAGUUUGGCGUACGGCGUCCAUGAGGAACCGUCCGACGAAUUCAGCUGCGACGAAGAUAUGAUGUCUACCACAGAAAGUAUAACCCCUAUAAAAGUUAUAGAAUUAGAUGCAUCUCAAUUGAACAGAAAUGAAGGCGUAUUAUUUUCUGAAGAUCUAAUAGAUGAAUAUGAAGUUUGGACAUUGCAGUGUCCUCAUGACGUAGAUAUAAAUGAAUUACACCAAAAAUCAAUAAAUUUCAAUGACGUUAAAAAAUUAAACAUUAUUAACUCUUUAUCUAAUAAAAUUGAUAUGAUACCAUAUAGAAGUCAAGAAGAUACAAACAUCACAAUAAUAACUCCCAGUGAAAACACAAGCAAUUUAUCAUUAAAUGUGGUCCCUUUAGCUGGAACAUUAAUUAUUUCUAAUCGCGUUAGUAAGGAAAAACCUGCAAUUCAGAAGUUAAUUCCUGUUGACACAAUUGAAGAUGCUACCAGACGUAGAUCCGAAUUGAUGUCAAGAAUAACUCAAAGAUUAUCAAAUAAAUAUGAUACUCAAAUAAAUAAAGAUAUUAAAAUUGAAAUACAAUCACCCAAAAUAGUUAAAAAAAGUAAA